GUACCCAAAAGAAAACUAAACUUUACUGUACCUCUGACUUGAACAAAAUGUCUUGCUGCAAUGAAACAGCUGCAAGACAUGUUACGGGGGCUUAAACACAGAUAUUAAAAGGACAAGAUGUCCUGUAGGCCAUUGUUUCUCUGCUGCUCUAUAGCAAGUAAGACGCUAUCCAAUCCCGGACAUUUAAUAGGUUACUUAGUAAACUGCCCAAGAGCAUUUAAGACAAGGAUUUGCACAAUCCAGAUCUUAAAUUGGGCUGCUUGUUGAACUUCUGGACACUGCUUGCAUCUAAUCUGGAAAAUGAGAAUGUUUUUAGUUUUCAUCCUCCUUGCCAGUGUGAUGUGCACCUCCCAAAGUGUGAAGGUUGUGGAUGGGGAUUUCAGCUUCUCCCUGGAGUCAGUGAUGAAGCUGAGGGACUUCAUGAGUGAUGAUAGUCUGACAAACCCUCGCUUGGCACAAACGAGCAUCGCGGCCAUCUGCUCCAACCCUGUCUUGCUUGAGGAGUUCCAGCAUGUGUGUCAGGCUCAAGGGGCAAGCAUGAUUUUCAGUCGACUGGCCAAAGUGGCCACCCAGCCUGAUAUGUGUGAAAUCUGUGCCAAUGCUGCGUGCACAGGAUGCUAGUUAUUCCACUGCUCGAAGCCGAAUUGCGUCCAUUCUGCUCAGACAUUGACUCCGGUUGAACAAACAGUCUGCUUGUUUUGAAGAUGCACCAAACCCUCUGAUUCCAUCUUGAGACUCUCUUCCUGAAUCAUCCCCUGAUAAACUCUGCCUGCUGUCAAACCCUGUGGACAGAUUUCCUCCAUUUGAAUUCCAGUCUCAGCUCUGCUCACCUGAUGGUGAUGUUGCAAAGAAGUUUAAAGUAAGGUCAGGGACCUGUCUGGCACAAUAACGUUGACAGGAAUGGGAAAAUGAGAAGUCUCUUAAGUGAGGGUCCACCACUUUUCAGUGCCAGGCACCACUGAGUGAUUCACAAUGCCACUUUUUCCAUGUUCUGCCUUUGAUAGUGAUACAACUCUACAACAUAUGAUUACAAACAAUCAUUAUGGCAAAACACAGGAAUAUUUUUCAUAUUACUUUUGAUUAUUUUAAAAAUCCUCCUAAAUUUGUUUUUACACUUGGAGUUCUGUGUGAAGUUAUUGAUUUAAAAAAACUGCAGGUAACUGCAGAUUAAUCUUGUGAUUAAUCACAUGGCCUUUACUGAGUUUCAGAGUAGAAUGUGUGAAUAAAUACAACCCCACUGGAAAAAACGAACAGCCCGUGUUACACAGGUUUAGUUUUUCUUUAAAAAGCCUUUUAGUAGGAGAGAAGUUUGCUGUUUUAUCACAUGACACUCAGGUCCAAUUAAUUACACAUUUACAGUACUAUGAUGCAAGUUUCAUACUUUUAGUUCCUAACAAGAAAGCACAAUGAAUGAUUGAUGUGUCACAUUUUACAGGAUACUGAUUAUAUUUCUUUAAGGCUCUCUAAACAUGUUUUUAUUUCUUAACACUGAAGUUUAUAGUCAAAAAUGCUUAGUGAAUAUGUCAUGAUGGAAAAAGCUUUUUUAGUCUGUAAACAGCUAAUGACGUUCGAAUGGAGUUAAGUACUGUAUAAAUCUAAACUUUAUCCUACAUCAUUGGUUUCUCAUAUGAAAUGAAUUUAUUGAGCAAUUUUUUUUAAGUACAUUGUGAUGCUAUUUAGAUUUACACGUGGCAUGUUGCAUCACACAGCGCUUACAGAUUCACAGAGCUCGAUAAAUGCAGCUCAUGUUCAGUUCUGUUGUUAAUACUGUCCCCAUGUGGUUCAUAUGCAGAAAUACAAGGCUGAAUUAAGGCAGAAGAAUUCAGAAUAGGGUCUAUUGUACCGUGGAAUUCACAAUUAUGUUGAGCUGCCAAUUUUUAAGAUGUUAACAAAAAUCAAACUAUGAAAAAGACUAUUUUGUCUAUACAACCUUUUUGCAAACAUUCAUUCCAAAAAAUUGUGUAGGUAGAAUUGGAAUAUUGUAUAGGUCUUGAUCAAUUUUUUUUUCCAAAAGGCAGAACAACACUGUUUUUUCCUGAAUCGCCCUUCAGCAACUAAAAUAAAGUUUUAUCAAAGUCUGAAUAUCCAA